ACCGCUGCUUACACCCCUGAGGAGCAGGGGAGGUUUUGGGUUUAUCAUCGUCGUUCUCAAUACUCUCAAUAACCUAAGCCGUACUUCCUCAUUCUGUACAUAUAUACAUAUACAGAAGUAUUGUAAUGGAGGUUAAUUUGGGACAGAUUGCAUUUGGUAUAGAUUUCCAUCCUUCUGAUCAGCUCGUGACUGCUGCUCUUAUAACCGGCGAUCUCCAUUUAUACCGUUACGCUGAUUCCCAGCUACAGAGGUUGCGUCAAGUUCGUGCACAUAGUGACUCCUGUAGAACUGUUCGGUUCAUAAAUGAUGGACAAGCCAUUGUGACAGGUUCCAAGGAUCGUUCCAUUCUGGCCACUGAUGUGGAAACUGGAGCCCCCAUUGUCCGCCUCGAGAACUCUCACGAAGAUGCCAUCAAUAGUAUAAUUAACGUGACAGAUUCAACUAUUGCGUCCGGGGAUGAUCUAGGCUUCAUUAAGGUGUGGGAUACUAGACAACGUUCUUGCUGCAACAGUUUCAGUGUUCAUGAAGACUUCAUUUCAGAUAUGACUUUUGCAGCUGAUUCUAUGAAACUGCUGGCAACAAGUGGGGAUGGAACACUAUCUGUUUGCAAUCUUCGACCAAAUAAGAUCCAAACUCAGUCACAGUUUUCUGAAGAGGAGCUACUAUCAGUUGUGAUAAUGAAGAAUGGACGGAAAGUUAUUUGUGGAUCACAGAGCGGGAAUCUCUUGUUAUAUUCUUGGGGCUUUUUCAAGGAUUGCAGUGAUCGUUUCGUUGAUCUCUGCCCAAAUUCUGUUGAUGUUUUGUUGAAAUUUGAUGAAGAUAGACUUAUUGCUGGAUGCGAUAAUGGACUUAUCAGCCUGGUAGGAAUAUUACCUAACAGAAUCAUUCAACCAGUUGGCGAGCAUUCAGAGUACCCUAUUGAAGGCCUUGCUUUUUCUUAUGAUCGGAAGUUUCUCGGCAGUAUUUCACAUGACCAGCUUCUAAAGUUGUGGGAUAUGGAUGAGAUAUUGCAAGGCUCUGAAAAUAGUCUGAAGGGUCAAGCUACUGCAGCAGACAGUGACAGUGAUGAGAUGGAUGUUGAUGCUAAUUCUCCCAAGUCCAGAAAAGGGACAAAGAGAAAAGCCACAAGUAAAGGGCAUCCCACGGGAAGUUCAACUAAUUUUUUUGCAGACUUAUAGGUGAAAUAUAAUCUUUUAAGUUAACAAUGGUAGCUCAAAUUGGUUUCCAGGUUUCACCAAGAAUACUUUGGUUCCCGCACUUCGUUGUAUGCUUUAUUGGAAACAUCAGGGGUGUGUAUUUUUUGACUGGUAGCUUUUCUUGGCAUGGUGGCUGCUUACAUGUAUUUUAGAGGUCAUUUUGAGUCAGCUUAUCGUAGGGGUUUGCCAUUUGUUCAUCUUUGAUAAGAAAUCAGCAGUCUGUUAUCUCCAAAAA